AUGACAGUAGGCACCGUGAGCGGAAGUUGGCGCCUCAAUGUCCCCGAGUCAGCCCCCGGCGUUCUCACCUCCGGCAAAGGCCGGGCCCCGCCACCGCCCGUAAACUGUGGCCGGGAAGCCGGGUUCCCGGAUCCUGGUUGGGCGUAUGGAGUCUCGGCGGCCGGCUCGGGACCAUAUCCGGAAGAGACCAGGAGAGGAGUCCCUCCUCCUACUGGGGCCCUCGCCAGCUCCGUAGCCGCGCAAGGCGUCGUCGAUGGCUUCUGGGAAACCUGUACGCGGUGGCAGCUCGGCUUCGAAAACGAGACGUUAUACCGGCACUUCAUGGUCGCCGAGUGCCUCGACGACGACAACAAGCUCCGCACCUCCUUCAUCUCCCUCAACGACUGCUUGUCGAACCAAGAAGGCGAUCUCACCGCGAAGCAAGAGUAA